CUGGAGUAGAAGACGUCAGCCGAGUCCAAAUGGUAGAUACAUGGAAUGGACUCACAGAGGUUAAUUACUGGAAUUCUGAACAAGCAAAUAUGAUUAAUGGAACUGCUGGUCAAAUGUGGCCGCCUUUUCGGACACCUGCUGAGCCUCUGGAGUUCUACAGUCCAGAUGCCUGCAGGUCUCUGACUUUAGUAUAUGAUAAAGAAGAUUCUUACAGAGGUAUACCUACAUAUCGGUACACUGCACCCAGCUACUUGUUUGCAAAUGGAUCGGAUUACCCUCCCAAUGAAGGAUUUUGCCCAUGCACGGCUUCUGGUAUAAUGAACGUCAGUUCCUGCCGCACUGGUGCUCCCUUGUUUCUAUCCUUUCCUCAUUUCUACAAUGCGGAUCCUGGAUUUGUGGAUGCUGUGGAUGGACUACACCCAAGUGAAGAGCUGCAUUCCUUAUUCCUAGAUCUGCAUCCACUUACAGGAAUUCCCAUGAAUUGCUCAAUCAAAAUGCAGCUAAGCUUAUUAACAAUGGGUGUUAGUGGCAUUUCGUAA